AUGCCGCAGAUGAUGCAGCACGUCCGCAACUAUGCAGACAAGAUCGUCCAAGUGCCACAGAUGGCUGAGUCCAUAUCCGAGGGAACGCUGAAGCAGUGGUCCAAGCAGAUUGGCGAUUUUGUCGAGCAAGACGAAGAGAUCGCGACCAUUGAAACCGACAAGGCAAGCGUCAUCAAGGAAUUCUUGGUCAACGAGGAGGAUACCGUUACUGUCGGUCAAGAUAUCGUCAAGUUGGAGCUUGGCGGCGAAAAGCCUAGCAGCAGCAGCAAGGACCCUAGCGAAGGGAAGACCACAUCAGACAAGCCUGCCGCCGAGCCCGAAUCUCAACCCGAGCCUUCCAAGUCAGAGUCGAAGCCUGAGCCUAAGGAUGAACCUCAGCCUGAAAGCAAGCCAGCUGCUCCUCCAGCGAAAGAGACCAAGGAGACUUCAAAGCCCGUGCCCAGUCCCUCGAAAGAAACUGCUUCAAGCACUGGUCCAAGCCUUGGUAGUCGUGAGGAGCGCCGCGUGAAAAUGAACCGCAUGCGCCUUCGCAUCGCCGAGCGUCUCAAGCAGUCGCAAAACACUGCGGCAUCGCUGACCACAUUCAACGAGGUCGAUAUGUCGUCUCUCAUCGAGUUUCGAAAGCUUUACCGUGACGAUGUGCUCAAGAAAACUGGCGUGAAGCUGGGCUUCAUGAGCGCCUUCUCACGCGCGUGUGUCUUGGCCAUGCGCGAUAUCCCUGCUGUGAACGCGUCCAUCGAGGGACCCAACGGAGGCGACACUAUCGUAUAUCGUGACUAUGUUGACAUAAGUGUCGCUGUGGCCACGGAAAAGGGCCUCGUCACUCCGGUUGUCCGCAACACUGAGUCACUUGACAUGCUGGGCAUCGAGAAGGCGAUCGCUGACAUGGGCAAGAAGGUACAGUUUGGUCUGUUUGGAUCUUUCAGAAACGGGAUGGCUCGAGACAACAAGCUCACGAUCGAAGAUAUGGCUGGUGGCACCUUUACUAUCAGCAAUGGUGGGGUGUUUGGCUCUCUCAUGGGAACCCCGAUCAUCAAUCUUCCUCAGACCGCCGUGCUGGGUCUCCAUGCCGUGAAGGAACGCCCUGUUGCGGUCAAUGGGAAAAUUGAGGUUCGCCCCAUGAUGUAUCUAGCUUUGACCUACGACCACCGGCUUCUGGAUGGAAGGGAAGCUGUUCAAUUCCUUGUAAAGGUGAAGGAGUAUAUUGAAGACCCUCGGCGUAUGCUCUUGUAA